AUGAGAGGACUACUUUGCAGAGAAUGGGGUUUAUGGAACCAAUUGGCUCAUAAAGAUUCCCCACCAGCCGAGUUUUUCACUGAUGGUGAAGAGCCUGAAAGUCAGUUCAAUUCGGAGAAAGAGAAGAUUGAAUACCCUUUUGACACGAAGAACCCUCCAGGGACAAGUAACAUAAAAAAAUCACAAGACUUUCGAAGAUUUGCCCGCUUCUUUCUCGUAGUGUGCUUCUUACAGCUCGUGUUUGCCAAAUGGAAUCCCUCUUUCUGGCAGUUAAACCUUUCUGAAAAGCCUCCAGUGGAUAGAGAGGUUUUUGAGGUGGAAUUGCCAUCACCAAACUUUGGUGUGCCAGUCUUUGAAUCGGUGUUGCUGGAUAGUUAUGAAUUUGGUGACAGUUGGGGCCAUCCUGCUCUCACCACGUAUGUUGCUCCCCCUGCUGCUAUCAAGUUCAAUAAAGUCGUCUUGGGACUAGACAUUUACGUUUCUGGUGUUCAAUAUGAUAGAUUAGCUCAUAUCUAUCUGGAUGGAUCGCCUCUGUGGAGAACAUCUACUCCUGAACCAGGAAACAGGCAUGUGCAUUCCCUCUCUCAUAAAGACGUAUCGGAAUAUGUACCCCUGUUCAAGGAAAAUGGCACUGAAUUAAUGGUUCAGCUGGAUAACUUACUAACUGGUAGACUGAAUGGUUCGUUUGAAGUAACUUUAACUGCACGUUAUUACGACUCUUUCCUGAACGAUACGGCUCCUGUUAAGAUUGCAGGCAUUGAUGAUGACCUAUUUAUUCCAGGAUCUCAUGUUCAGUUCUUCAGCGCCAAUGAGGCAGCUUCCAAAGUUUUCCCAUUAGUAGACACUCCUCCUACUCGCCCUCCUUUGAUUUACUAUCCAGACAGAAAAUUUCAAGUCACGCUACCUGUGUUGUCCCCCAACACAACUCGAGUGAAAUUGGCACUUUUCACAUCAGGAAAUGCAGCAGAGGAGUUUUGGUAUUCAAACAUCUUGGAUGGAUUUGAAGAUUACUUUUCGGACCAUCAACAUUACCUGGCCCCUCAUGGCCCAUGCCGUAUGGUGAAUGUUUACAUUAACGGCAUUAGAAUUGCAUCUUUGUCACCCGAACCUAUCAUCUACACCGGCGGGAUUUCUCCAGCCCUAUGGUCACCGAUAGUUUCCACCAGUGCUUUCGAUGUCAGGGCACUGGAGUUUGAUUUGUCAACGAUCCUUCCAUACCUUUGGGACUCUGAAGAUACCGUUUUGGAGGUGGAGAUAAGCAACUGUAUUCAAGACCAGGAAGAAACUGAGGCUUCUGCCGGCAACACAAUUGGACAGAACUGGGUCACCUCAGCCAACCUUUUGACUUGGGAGCAUAGCAGCAUCAAAUCAAGUGAAGGAACUGUAAUUUCGAACGAUAAUUCUACUGAGAUAAAGGCUAAAAUAUUCCCUGGGGACUCAAAGCUGACACAAAUAGUUAGUGCUCGUUACAAGACCGCUAUCAGUGCUCAAUUGAACUACACAUUUUUCAACGGGUCCAGCCUGAACAUACUGUUUAAUAACGUGUAUGACUCCUCUCAAUCAAAUGUUCAGCUUUACGCUGACUAUGGAAACAAACAGCACGUUGCGUUGAUUCCAAGUACCAAACACUCGAUCAGUUUAUUUGAUCUAAAAAAUCAGAAAGAAAUUUAUGAAGUUAAUUCUACUUUUUCUUACCCCCUGCUAAUUGAGUUGGUAACCAAGCCGAUCGUGGGCCAGAAUGUCGAGUUCUUAGCAAAGGUCACUGACAUGAUGUUUUUCAAGACAGCAUUUAAUGGUCAAAAGAACACCAUCAAGGUAGAGAGUAUCCAGAAGGGUACGUCGGAUUAUGUUCUUGCCCCAGGAAAUAACUAUGGAUUUGGAUCCACCAAGCAGAUUCUGCGAGCCCAGACCAAGGCACCUUUCCCUAAAAGAGAUUACCUUCGAAAAUUGAAAGCGGUAAAUGGAACGUUACUAUACGAUAACGUGAAAGAUAAGCUGAAAGGUUCCUUAGAGGAAGUCAACGAAUUAGAUUAUUCUCCAUCAGACGAGAUGUUGGAGUCAUUGUUGGAAGUGUUCAAGCUUCAUGCUAUUGACUCUGAUACAGUUGACGAGAUAAUGAAAGACAUUGAGGCUAACUAUGAAGAAAUGGACAUGAGAGACGAAGAGGAAGACGAUCUGACAGCUGAGACAGUGCAUCUUACAGUGAAUGUCAAUCUUCUUACUGCACUGAGACAUUUGUUAGGACCUGAGGGGGAAGAUGGCUUCACGUCGCCCUCCGUUGCCAACCGCCAAUUGAACGAAUUCCAAGUAAUUGAGGGAUGUCUUGGUUGCGCCCUUUCUUGA